AUGGACGCGGAACGCUUGGAGAUGAUGCUUUUUGACGAUCAGCGAAUCGUUACCGCGCUGACUCUUUCUAGGCAUUCGGGCUCCCUUGUUGAAGACGCCAAAGAGAGCAUUACUUCGUUCUAUGAGUCUAAUAAAGGAAAAAACGGAUUAUGGGCCAUCUACUCCAUCACUGGUGAUAUGGAACGUCAGGGUAUCGUUUGCAAAUCCACCGUGUUGGCAAAAGAGUCGGAGCUGGAAGAGAAGAAAAGUAAUUUUCAGAAAAUUACAGCCUCAGAAGUUUUCAGUUUACAAGUCAGAGAUGUCGAGGACGUAUACUCAGUUUUUCUUGCUGAUAUGAUGGAAGACAAAGAUUUUUUUCGUUCCGAUAACGACAGAGCCCCCAUCAAAACGAAGAAAAUAGAAUAUUUCCGUCAAAUCAUGGAGACAAAUCAUAAGGAUCAACUUGAGCUUAUCGCUAAAACCAUUGAGCUUUCAAAGACUGCUGGAGUUAAGCCUGUGGUAACGAAGAAGUCUACAAUUGUUGACAAGAAGCCCGAUAUUAAAAAAAUGUUCGAGAAGGCUUGUACAAAAGAAAAAACACCCAGAAACUCUCCAAAGAAGGAAGUUAGAGAAAGUCCCUUUUCCUCUCCUGAAGAAAGUACUUCUUCCGAUUCCACCCAAAAGAAAAGAAAUCGUAAAAUCAUUAUUGAUGAUGAGGACUCUCUCUCUCCUCCUGCAAAAGAACCGAAGCAAGAGCCUGAAACAACUCCCAAGAAAGAAGAGAAACCGAUAGUUCGAAGCGAGAAAAAAGAGUCUAAGAAUCUCUUGAAAGAAGAUAUUUUCGAUGCAAAUGCUUCUUCUCCAGAAAAAGAAGCUGAACCCGAACAAAUGGAAGUUGAUUCUCCUGUUAAGAAAUCUAAAAAAAAGUCAAAUUCUGAGAACAAAAAGCCAAAAAAAUCAUCGCAGAUUAUUAACGAAGAUAACGACGAGAAGCCAGAAGAGCCAGUAGUUCGAAGAUCCCCUCGUAAGCAUUUCCAAGGAGGGGCUGUUGAAAAAAAGAAAAAAAUGAUCAAAUCGUACGAGACUUUCAUGGAUGAUGAAGGCUUUUUAGUAACAAAAGAAGUUGUCAGAGAGCAGUCUGUUGAACCCGAGGAAGCAGCCGUUGCUAAGCCACUGUCGCCUAAGAAAAUCAAUCAGACUACAUUAACUAAGCCCAAAACUACUAAAACAGCAAAUCAGCAAUCCAAAAUAAGCUCAUUUUUCACGAAGAAAGCUUGA